AUGGCUUCCCAAUCGUCGGGAUCCAAAUCGGCCAACCCGUUGUCGUACUUGGGAAGGAAAGUUUUCACCACCCAAAGAGCCCUCGCUCAGAUCCUGAAGGAGAUUCGUGAGCUGGAUGAGCUACCUGCAGCUACAGGCCGGAGCUCGGUGAAAAGAGCUCGUGAAGAACUGCUGCAUGAUUAUGCUACCCCUUAUGGGCCCAUCUACAUCGAGCCCACACUUCAGAAGGGAGACGGCACCGAUGUUACAAUUCCGAUUUUGAGUCCAGCUGCAAUGCUGGCUUGGGCAUGCGAGCACUGUGCAGCCUUCGGCCAGCUCUUGCAGAAGCAAAUGGCACUGAAGCCGCCGACCUACGAGAAACCUUGGACUCUGAUUUGGUAUUCGGACGAAAUCGCACCGGGCAAUCAACUGAAGCACGUGAACCGUCGCAAGGCCCAGGUCAUCUAUUGGUCCCUGCAAGAACUGGGAGCCCAUGCGAUGUCCCGCGAGUCGUGCUGGUUUACCUUGACGGCGGUUCGCAGCACGGUGGUCGCAGACAUGGGGGGGAUGGGACUUCUGGUCAACUGCCCCAGCGGCUCUCCCCCUCUGUUUGCCGAUCUGGGAAUACUAAUCUCAGACGAAGCUGCUAUAAAGCAAACCCUCUGCAACAAGGGUGCUUCUGGACUGGUGUUCUGCGUCCACUGCCAGAAUGCAGUCGACCACAAGUCGCACGUUGCUGCCAGCAGUCGGGGCACACAGGUAUCCAGCCUGGAGACCGACAUUUCCAGGUUUCGUCGGCAAACGAAGGAGUCCAUCAAAACCUAUAUGGACUACCUCGCUGAGCAGAAGCCCUUGCAGACCAAGACAAAGUUCGAAAAGCUGCAGACUGCACUGGGUUUUAACUUUAAACCAAUGGGCUUACUGGCCCAUGCAGCCUAUGGCCCCAAGCUGAUCGACUGCAUUAUGUUCGACUGGAUGCACGUCUACCUGGUCUCAGGGCUGUUCAAUGUGCUGACAGGGCUUUUCCUUGGAGACCUCCAUCACAAUGGCUGGAAGCACCACGAGAUUGAGCGGUUCGCAAGGACUUUCACAUGGCCUGCACGUCUGCGAGGUGCUGCCCCGAAGGAUGUGUUGCAAAAGAGAGGAUCCUACACUGAUCCUCUCAAGUGCAGUGCAUCGGAGGCUCUGAACUUCAUGCAGGUGCUGCGAACCUAUCUUGUGCUCUGGGUGCUGCCGCAAUGCAACGAGGACAUGAGAAACUCAUGCGAGGUUUGGUUGGCGAUGUGCAAGGUCCUGGAUGCUUUGCACAAGAUCGCCAUAGGAGAUCCUUUCCCUGCAGUCCAACUGCAAGUCUUGGUGAAAGGCCAUCUGGACCUCGCUAAGACCCGCUACGGUGAGGACUCCUUUUGGGUACCCAAGUGCCAUUUGGCACUCCACUUGCCCCUUCAGUUGGCCAAACACUCAGGUCUGAUGAGCUGUUUUGUGCACGAAAGAAAGCACAAAAUCAUCAAGAAAAUCACCAACCAAGUACUCGACACAAGUCGGGCCUUUGAGAAGAGCAUACUCGAUGAUGUGCUACAUGGGCAUUUGCAGCAGCUCGCCGAUCCGGAAGGGGUGCACUUGGUUCAGCCUGCGCGACCAGCCCCUGCCAAGCUCCAAGCCGAGCUCCGGCGAUGCAUGAACAUCCAGGGCGAGAUCAUGACAGCAAACCAGGCUGUGCAUGCAGGGAACUUCACAGUUUCGGCAAAAGACCUCGCGGUUUUGCAUCUGGAUGGUGAAAGGCUUGUCGGCAGGGUGGGCUACCACGUCCAAGCAGAUGGGACAUGCUGGUCACAUGUCACUCUUUGGAACCACGUGCAUGGAGCCAUGUUCACCCUGUCGGACGAUGUGGCCCUUGUAGAAACCAAGCAUAUCCAUGCCACUUGUGCCUUCAGUGUGCAAGGCGGCAGUGCUGUCGUGGUGCUGCCAUGA